AAAGACAAAACGUACAAAGUGAAUCCAAUAGAUUAGUUCAAUUUUGUAAUUUACAUAUCGAAAAUGGCUGCAAGCCGUCGCAAACAAGAUGAUAAAAAUUUAGAAGUUUUACGUGAACUUAUAUCUUUAAAUGGUAAUAAAUAUUGUUUAGAUUGUAAUCAGAGAGGCCCUACCUAUGUAAAUACAACGAUUGGAUCCUUUGUGUGUUCAAAAUGUUCGGGAAUGUUGCGUGGCCUUACACCUCCUCAUCGUGUAAAAUCAAUUUCUAUGGCUACAUUUACACCCGAGGAGAUCGAAUUUAUUAAAGUAAGAGGGAACGAUUACUGCAGGCGUCUAUGGUUGGGCUUAUAUGAGGGUGAAAGUGUGAAUUUUACUGAUGAACAAAGAGUCAAAGAUUUCAUGUCUGAUAAAUAUGAAAAGAAAAGAUACUAUUUAGAGUCAUCAGUUAAUGAUACUGCAAUGACAAAUGGAAAUACCUCAGUAAAGAAUAAAGUGAAGAGCAAAGUAUCCAGUAAUAUAGGAGUACCAACUCCUUUGAUAUCAAUAACAGCCCAGGUUUCUAAGCCGAAUGUGAAUAAUAAUGUGGUCAACAUGGCGAAAGUAGUUAGCAAUGUUAAUGAUAGCAGUUGUAAGCUGCCACGGCCAGUGAAUAACUUUUCUCAGCCUAUGCUUAAUAAAACAAUUCCUGCAGCAGCAACAAACCCAAUCCCUGUACCCGAUUUUCCUGUUGAUUUCUCAACUGCAAAUAUUUACAACAGUUCCCAGUACAACAAUAAUCUUAACAACAACAUCAUGGUACAGCCAUUUUCAUCGAAUACUCAGUCUUUCAAUGCAUUCAAUUCCCCCACUACGGCAUCAAAUGAUCGUUAUGCAGCCUUAGCUGAUCUGGAUUUGGCUUUAAGACAGCAAAACAUGAAAAAUAUGGAGGACGGCAACAACAUGGAUAAAAAUCCAUUUCAAACUUCAUCUAGCAAUGAUGUAUUUGCAAAUAAAAAUCCAUUUUUUAAUGGGGGUUGGAGUACUAACACAGUGCCCACGCCAAUCAAUCCGUUUAUGCCGGCAAACAAUGGGGCCUUCAUAAAUUCUAAGAAUCCCUUCCUCUGAUGCCGUCUACAUAACCUUUUUCGAGCGAGUAAGGAACAAAGAGAUAGUAGUGUAAUUAAAGCACAAACAAUGCUACAAAUUUAAUAUCGUUUAUACAGUGAAAUAACAGAGUAUCUUAUAUAGAUAUUUACAUAAUGCCAUACUUUUAAUAUUAUGUGCUUACAUAACGGUUGAUAACUUAAGUGCCUCGAUAUGCCUUAAAUUAAAAAAAAAUAAAUCUCAAACUAUUUUCUUAUAUGCGCUGUUAAUAUUGUAAAAUGAAAGUAUUUAAUUGAAUGGUAAAUUUAGUGAAAUUAUUGUGGAUGUAUGAAUAUUUGUUGUUAAUGAUGCUGGUCUUAGCUUUAUUAAUUGUAAUAACAAUUUGUAUAGUAUUUAAUUGUAACCUCGGCCAAGUCCUAUUGAAUUUUUCGGCAUGACAAUAUGUAAUUAUUUCAUUAUAUUUGGCAUAAUACAUAACACCUUACAAAGGUAACUGGGAUUACGUUGAGUGAGUCAAUGGCCGGGUGAUGUCAUCGCAUAGUUUUGCGUCAGAUAUGUUUUAAAAUUGUAACUUAUCGCAAGUUUGAAUCGGCACACUACAUUUCGUGCAUUCCAAUUCAUAAUUCAUAAAGCUAUGUUGAUAGUUGAUACUAUCAUGUGGAAGGAUUUAUUAAUGAAAAACUGGAAACACUCUGUUAGUAGUGUGACAAAGCAAACAUAUGAUAAGUAUAUUGAUGUAGGGAUAUAAACUAUUUUCUAAUCAUGACAUUAGUCCAAAAGAGCACAACUAAGCACUAUUAAGAGAGGCUAAGUAUUAUUUUUAACUUUAAAAAUAUUAAUGCUUUACUUUUGUUGAAUUGUUUAUGGUCAUUUUAUAUUACAGUGAUUUGUACAUUACAUGUCUAACAUACAAUUCUGAAUAGAAAUUGUUUUUGCAUUUUGGCCUUUAUUAUAAUAUAGAUGUUUUGUUUUGAGCUCUUUAAAUUUUGCGCUUCAUCUGUGAUUUAACUAGUAGUUUUAAUUCAUUUACAUGCUUCACCUCGAUCAAUGCACAUGACUAUUUAUUUAUGUUAAUGUAAUUAUUUUUUUAAUUUUUGAGCACUGAGAUCUGUUAAUUUCUAUAAAAUGUGUAAAAAAUAAAAUUAUAUUUUUAUUUUA